UAUAGUUUACAAUCACAAUUACAUCUUUUUUCCCAAUUGCUAUAUCUCAUCCUGUAAUAGUGCAAUAGUAACCCUUCCAGCAUUGCCGGCAGAUUCAGGAAGAUGCCGCAAACAAAAGAAAGGAUGCACCGCUAUCGUCAUGUCUCCACUACCUUACACACACUGCGAAACAAGCUUCAGCAGGGCAGCAAAACGGCAAGGAUAAGAAGAGGUACCUCGUCUGUACUCCGAGCCCGGAAAUUCAUAACGCCGGGACAGCCCCAGCGCGGCCUCUGGUUGGCUGGGUCCGAGCUCUCCCAUUAGCACCCCUGUAGCUCGUCGCUGUCGCUAAUCGAAUGGGCGACGUAUGCUUUUUGGGGCUGCCCACUAAGAGCCAAGCUGCCACAGUCUCGCGAUCGAGUCCGACUCCCAUUGCGCAGGGCACGCACAAUCAAUGAGCGUCGCUUCCACUCCCUCGUCACCAUGAAGUCGUUAUCGUUUGUAGCGACGCUUCUGGGCCUCCUGGCUGGUCCUUGCAGCGCCCUCUCUGUCGCUUCUUUGCCUGCCGACUUCAAGCCCCCACCAGUCUUUAAGAACAACAACUUAGUGCAUGUCGUUUCGGUCGAGAAGAGCUUUGCGAGGGAACAAAUCAACGUUUUGGUUGAGAAUGUUUCUGGCAAGCCUCAAGACGAAUACUUUGUGCCGUUUACCGCGGAUCAGAUAGCUCGACUCGGUGGCAUCGAGGCGAAAGAUCGCAAAGAUGACAAGGUUGGACCCUUUGGAGUCGACCGAGUCGAGUAUAGUUCUCAGAGCGACGUUCAAUACUACCGCAUCACAUUGCCGGCACCCCUAAAGGCUGGCGCCCAGCAGACCCUCGCCAUCUCAUGGUACUACCUAAAGCCAUAUCGCCCUCUCCCGGCCUCAAUCGAGCAGGACGAGCAGCAGUACUUGGUAUACAACUUCUCCCUCUACGCUGCGUCGGCAUACCCGACCUUGAAGCAGAAGACCGAGGUCAAGCUGUCGACGGUCACCAUCCCAGACUACACCACAUUUACCAAUAGCGAGGGCAAGGAAUAUCCUGAGAAGCACGGUAGCAAGCUGCUGUAUGGACCCUUUGACGAACAGCCUGCCGGCGCCGUCUACCCAGCCCAGAUUAGAUUCGAGUUUACCAAGCCUGUGAUCCACGUGUCAGAGCUGGAGAGAGAUAUCGAGGUCAGCCACUGGGGCGGCAACGUGGCAUUUGAGGAAAAAUACACCCUGUAUCACCGAGGUGCCAACCUUUCCUCCCAGUUCAACCGCGUGAAGUGGGCGCAGUCUCUAUACUACAACCCCGCCUCCUCUGCACUGAAGGAACUCAAGUACCCGCUUCAGAUUGGUAGCGUUGAUCCCUACUUCACCGAUGCCAUUGGAAACGUAUCGACUUCUCGAUUCAGGAGCAGCAAGCGUGAGGCCAUGUUGGAGCUGAAGCCCCGCUACCCUGUGUUUGGUGGCUGGAAGUACCCCUUCACCAUUGGCUGGAACACCAAUGCUGCCAACGUCCUGCGCAACACUGCCAGCGGAGGCCAUGUGCUCAAGGUUCCAUUCAUCGAGGGACCCAAGCAAGUUGAGGGCGUUGAAUACGAAGAUGUCACCGUCCGCGUCCUCCUCCCUGAGGGAUCAGAGAACGUGAAAUUCUACACCGAUCUCCCCGAUUCGUCAAUUGUUGAGACAUCAGUUGGUGUUCACAAGACCUAUCUCGACACCACUGGCCGAACCGCCAUUGUGAUCAAGGCCAGGAACCUGGUAGAUGACUUUCGAUUCCGAGAUCUGAUCAUCUCGUACGACACCCCAUUGGCAAGCACCCUCCAAAAGCCCCUGGUGGUGUUUGGAAGCAUGCUUGCUGUGUACGCCGCGGCAUGGGCGGUUGGAAAGGUGGAGGUGGGAUUCUCGCCCAAAUAAAACUUGUAUCAGAUUAAUCUAUAACUUUAUUUUGGGUCCCCAUGUUUGACGGAUAGAAAAACGAGAGCGGUAUUUUUAGAUGAUGUGUCAUUAAGUGGGCGUUUGAGACGACGAUUUCGAUCUGGCAAAUGAUGGGCGAGAUCCGCUACAUCUAUGGCGCAUUAGAUCUCAGACCGCCGCCAGCAUUAGCAGCGUAGUAUCUAUGUAGAAAUCCAAGCAGACUUGUUUUCCUAAUGUUUAUGUCAUCGUUUUCGGCGCCUGGCAUCAUAGCACGGCGGGAAUCUGUACAAUGAUGCUGGCGAUAGUCCCUGGGGAGGUCCCCAUUGGGCUACGGAGAGCUGCUGCGAUGACGACAUUAGCGUCCUGUCGUGAUGGCGCGAAUAUGCGUCCAUCCUAAGCAGCGAGCCAAGGAAAAAAGCAGCCCCAAGAAAAGCCCAACCAAAUGGGUGCGUGCCCUCGCAUAAGGGCUAAGCCAAGCUCAAAACAUGUUCAAACAAAAUACAUCAGCUCAACCAACUCAAAGCUGCUAAUAGUCUAGAUAUUCAUUUGCAUUCGGCAAAGGCGAGACCAACAGCUGCGAACUGGGGGUGAGGCUGUGCCAUUUUGGUUGGCUCUGAAGCAGCUAGCCUCUUACUUUGUUUUAGAGCAGUGCCUUGCGUUCUCGCCGAACAUGCAGAAAUGGUGGAGUGGCGCAGGGCCAGAGGCAGCUCGAGCCGCUCGACAGGGAUCAGAGAUUCAGAAACUUGGCCACGGGAACGAGUGAGAAAAAGCCACACGAAAGACGAAGAGGAUGAGCUUGGCCGAAGCUGCGGGCACUGAUUGGUGGUGCACGUCAAAACGUAGGUACCUAAGUAGUCAUAGGCUGUCACAGCUCGGUUUUAUUUAAAGAAACGUGAUGGUCCCCCUGCCUUUGAAAGAGGAUUC